UUUGCUUUAGAUUUCUGGCAACACUAUCAAUCGCGCUUGAAAUUUCCAACAAAAUUUUGUGAAAGCGUAGCGCUCUUGAAACUAUUGCGUCUCAAUUUUCAUUUCUUUUGUAACAAAAUCAUUAAAUUUGACCAAAAAACAUGUGCAUGAACUCUUGAUUUUCAGAGUAUUUUAAGGUUUAAAGCUGGGCAAGAUGGUGUCGACUCGGCAGAUGAGCAGCGUGGGGGGCGGCGGCGGCGAGGCGGCGGGCGGGCCGGGCGAGCCCGCGGCGGCGGUGGCGCGGGUGACCCGCCACUCGGCCGCGGCGCCGGGCAGCAGCUCGCCUCACGCCGGCGGCUCCAAGUGCCCGCUGCUGCUGCCGGCGCCGCGCCCCUACUCCACCUCGCUCAACGACUUGCCCGUCGAGCUCAUUGAGAAAAUCUUUCACAAUCUGGCCUACAAGAAUGUCUCUCAACUCCGAAUGGUGAACCGCCAAUUCAACACGAUAUGCAGCAGCGUGCUCAACUCGACGUUCCAGCGUCUCCAGAACCAGAUGUUACACCGGUUCCAGUCGAUCAAGGCGAAGAUGCCUCGGCGCGAGUCGGCCCGUCGCAGUCACCCGCUGGCCUGCGAGUCGGACAUCAUAGAGACGCUUCACAUGAGGCUGAGCCUGCUGCAGAUGACCUUCGGCAAGCAUAUUGAGAGGAAACACUGCUGCUUUUUCCCUGGGGAGAUCCUAGACGAAGUCUACAGCAUCCUGUCCUACCUGAAGACGGCCACGAAGCUGGCGCGGCCGUACAAGGUGACGGACGAGCUGUUCGACCUCACCACCAUGGCCAUGGAGUACUUCAAGGAGCACAUCGAGCCCAACCUGCCCGAGAUCACGUACUUCGGGACCGACUUCUUCGAUAUUACUACGGCGUUUUCACCGGGAGAGAGCAGUAAAUCCUACAUGUGCAUCGACUCGCCACCGCCCUCCGGUUUCGACUCGUCGUCCAAUCAGAACGGCGGGGCUUCUGUCAGCUCGCGCCGGAUAUCCGUCAACUACAUGAUGGAGGAGUCCCUGCCGCCGUCGCCGCCGCCGCCGCAGAGCAAUAUGGUGUUGAGGAAACGUAUUCAUCGCAUCAAGCAGGGGAUGAAGAAAUACAACGACCAACUCUCAGCCCUUCGGAGCGACCUGCGCAGUUGCAAGCGUAAAACCGCGCUCCAGCAGAAACAAAUAGCGGAACAACAGAAACAAAUAGCAGAACAACAGAAGCAGACGCUAGAAUACGCGAACCGCCUCGAUGACUAUGACAAGAAAAACGAGGAGACAAGCAGAAAGUUCCAGACGCUACUUCAGGUCCGAUACGUUAAUGGCAUUCCGUUGAUUGAGGAGCUGAACAAGUGCAAGACGGAGCUGCAGUACUGGCGCUCACGCUCGCCCGCCGUGCCGCCGCUGUGCGCCGAGUGCGCCGCCGCGCUGCCGCAGUGGCCGGGGACCAGCCAAGACAUGCCCGAAGUGGAAUCAACAGCGAGCGGCAGCGGUGAGCCGGCCGCCACGCCCGUGCCCGCCCCGGACGAGGCCAAGCCAGCGGAGAAACCAGAGGCCAAGGCGAAACCAGCGGAGAAACCGGAGGCCAAGGCGAAACCCGCCGAGAAACCGGAGGCGAAGGCGAAACCAGCGGAGAAAACAGAGUCGAGCGGCGAAGAUGUGUCUACACCGCCCUCGCGUCGGCGUCCCUCGGGAGAGAAUAAUGCUACCCCGGACAGGAAGAAGCGACGUCUCACGAGACCAAGGAAACUAUAAAUAUAGACAGUAUGGUGAGUCCACGGUCGCUGAACGGUUAAAGUCCAAUUUGAGAGAAGAAUUCUAUUGUAACAGGUACUGUGGCCGUAUUCAAGGCCUGGUUUUACUUUGCGCAAAGUGCAUGGGUGCAUUUGCGCAUCUGUGUCGACGGGAUUAACAAGGUUGUUUUAAGGUUCUUUGUAUACGUAGCAGUUUUUGACAUUUUCGAUGUUAGCUUUGCCGUUUUAGUGUCCGGACGGGGGCGGAUUGUGAUUGUGUUUCUGGCGGAUUGUUGGCGCGAAAUGGACUUGUUUUUGGCACAGUCGUGGAAUCGGUUUUGUAUGUACAAAGUUGCUGCUAAUACCAGUUUUGUAAAUAUGUUAUCGAUUGCGCGAAUGUUGAUCAAAACUCUGAGAAUAGGUGCUUGUACGGUAAAAUUUCAAGAAGAAAGUUGGCCUUAAUUAAUUCAGAUGAAACGAAGAUUCAGUGUAGUUAUGUAGUUCCGUAAACUAAAGGAAUCUUGAAGUUUUACCGGACAAGUAACGGGUGUGAUUCUACAUGACUAAUCCAUGCUAAUGUAAACUUAAAUUCAGAACUGAUGGUAUUAGGCCUGUCCUAACCUUAUAAUAUAUUACUUCAAAUCUUAUCAUCGUAAGGAAGCGUUCUGAAUCACACCCGAAAUGUUGUAGUUUGUAAUCGUUUAGAGUUUUCGAAUGUUGUCCGGAGCGGGGCCUCCGAAACUCGCUAUUGACGCGAUGUUAUUGUAUAAGAAGGAACGUCACUGAUUUGUUCGUUAUACACUAUUUGUAUAUAGAACGUUCCGCAGCCUUUAUUAGUAGAUGUUACAGCUUAGGUCUCACAAAUAUUACCUUCAAAAUAGUUUGUUUAUUGUCUAUUAUCUUUUACAUCUAAGGGUGCGUUUAAAUGGCUCGGGAUAGAGCGAGCCGAGCCGAGCAAGGCAGUCCAAGUAGGUGUUUAUUCAACACUAUGCGAUCAUGCCCUUAUGUAAGGCUAGAAUCAUACAAAAUUUAUGACGGGUCAACUGACUGGGUUGCUCUAUUCAAGGCUCGGGGCGCCCUAAUCCCCGCCCUUUAAAUGCACUUUAAACUGCACACAGAUUAUUGUGCAUUGAUCGA